GAGAGAGAGAGAGAGAGAGAGAGAGAGAGAGAGAGAGAGAGAGAGAGAGAGAGAGAGAGAGAGGGGGGGGGAUUGGGAAGGAUUUUGGUGUAAAUCUGCUGUAAAUCUGGCGAAAAUGGGAGAAAUUCCACAUCCCCUUGCGGGGAAAUCGGGGCUGGGGAGACCGUUUGCUCCGCCUGGAUGGCGAUGGAAGGCCGGGCAGCGGAUGACCGACAUGUAUUUCUACGCUCCGGAUGGAAAGGCUUUUAGAUCUCGAAAGAGUGUCGUCGAGCAUUUGGAAAAGGAAGGUCUGAAUCAUCUCCUGCCUGAGUUCCACUUCCGGUGCACGAUCGCCGAUCUUGAAGAGUACUACAUCAAGGUUGGCCGAAUGGUUCGACGACAACCUGUUGUCCUCUCAUCCUCUUCGCCGGGAGGAGGCCACCAUUCCUCUGCUGCUGCUGCUGCUGCUGCUGCUGCAGCCAAUCAGGUCCCUAUCAAGAUCGUUGAAGUAGAUGAGAACGAAGACGAAGCGACCCCUCCCCGCUCAAAUGAUUCACCCCGGGACCACUUUUCUCAAGGCACAAAGAGGAAGUUUUCUGCUGCCCUUGUCUGUGACGAAGGGCCAGCAGCAGCAGACCCCCCGGGGUCCGACCUUGCCCUUCCGCAGAAGGCCUUUCCGAGAGCAAGAGCAGGAGGCGUCUCUGGAGCGUCCACGACGAAACAGCAGAGAGUUGCAGUUGGCAACCUGCAGCACGCUGCCGUCGGAGGACUGCCGCGGAAAGAUGGGCCCGCCUGGGCUGGCGCAGGCGGAAGACCGGCGGCAUCGGGAUCGGGAGUGGGAGGAGCGGUGGAUCAUCGCGAUGGACAACGAUUCACCCGCCAUCACAGCCGUUUCGGCCAGGACAGUAGCACGGCCGUUGCGCGGGCUGCUGCUGCUGGCGUGGGGAGGAAGAGUGGUGUUUCUGCAGGUCAGGGUCAGAAUAGACAAGCAGUGGGUGGUGUGGGAGGGGGAGGGGGAGGUGGAGCGCAGAAGACGGGUCUGCAGAGUCUCUCCGAGUCGGAGGAUUUGCAGGACAGGCAAAGGAAUAAUGGACAGGUGGCGGGAGGGAGGAAAAAGGUGGUGGUAAGGUACAAGGGCUCUGGAGUUGUGAGAAACAGUAGGGUAGGUGUGGAAUUUGCCAGUGGGAGCGAAGGGCUUGCUGUUAACAGAAAGCGUGGCGUCUUUAGGAAUGCCGGAUUGCACCCUGCGGACACCGUUGAUGGCCGGGAAGCGAUGGACAUGGAUGAAGGCAAAGGAGAGGGGGAGGUUGGUACGGGAGAAGAAGAGGAGGAGGAGGAAGACACGACGGAAGAAGGGUCGGUGGACGUGCGAUCGGUCGAAGAAAUGGGGUUGAAGGAGCUAGUGUUGUUGCCGAAGAAGUGGAAGUGUGUGCUGGAAGACUCUCCGUUCAUAGAUAGACUAAUGAUGGAAGCGAAAUCGAUGAAGGAAGUGAGAACGGGAGCAAAAAAGGGUGCGUUUAACGAGUGCAGAGGCAUUCUGCUUCGCAAGAACCUGACGAGACGGAUGUUGGCGGUGGUCCCCACAGGUCUGCUGAGGACCUUUGCCUUUCUGCUUCGCAACGAGGAACCGAAGAUCACGGUGGAUCGUGCGAAGCUGAUGGCUUUGUGUGUCAGAUGGGCUUGUAAAGGGCGCAAUUACUGGUGCGCCUUGGAGGCGGGGGGCCACAAAUUGCCGGAGAAAUGGAAGAAGGCUGCGGCGGAGCGAACGGUGGGCGUUGGCGGCAGUGGUGGUGGGGGGGACAAGAAGAAGACGAUCGCCGCCAUCUGUGACUGUUCGAGGUGCGCGGCGGACAGCAACUUUUGUAGAGGCUGUAUGUGUGUGGAAUGUGGGACGAUCAUUCGGCCAGGGGAGGACUGGAGGGCACUCUUCUGCGAGAGGAUUGUCAGGUCUGCACCUCUCGACGGUCGCUGCGGGCACUGGAUUCAUCUGAAAUGCGCGGUCCAGACCCGGAUGAUGAUGAUGAUCCAGCAGGGAAAGAGGGCUUCAAAUAGCGUCAGGAUUGAUGGGGCUAAGGGUGCCCCAGGUCAGGAUGAAGGUGGUCGAUGUGGGCAGCUGAAAGAAUGCUCCCUGGGGGCAACUGCUGGUGGCGAUGAGUCUGGUGCCUCGGCUACUGCUGCUGCACAUACGUCAGUGGCAGCAGCAGCGGCGCCACCAGGGGGAGCAUCUGCGGCAGCGUCGGGAGCAGCGGCAGCGGCGUGUAGUGCAUGUGCGGGCGAGUACAGUGUAGAGAGGUUCCUGAUCGCAAGGUUGAGGAAUGCGAUGGAAGCAGAGGCCCCCCUUCUUGCGGAACGACACCUGUCGUCGGCUGUGCUAGCCUUGCGGCUGAUGUCGCUGUCCUCCAAGGACCAGUUGCAGAUAUGGGGUGAAAUGCAAUUCAUCCAGAUUCAAGAGCACAUUGAAACCGCGUGGAAGACUGCAGCGCAAGGGAAGCUGUCGGAGCUGAAAUCUGCAGAGCUAGCGGCGGUCAUCAAAGCCGUUGCCAGGAGCCUUGAAAAGGCCCCAUGUGAAAACAGUGGCAGCAUUAGAGGGCAAAGCAGCUCACCAGAGCAACAGCAAGAGGGUCUGAAAGCCCCUGCCGAGGAAGGGCAAGCAGCUCCAGCUGCAGCAGCAGCGGACGAAAAAGCUGAGUGUAGCAGCGAGAGCGAAGGGCAAGGCGACGGCACAGAGGGCCUGCCGAAGGCCGCGGCCACAGUCAUGGCCGUGAAAAAGGCAGAGAGGGAGCUGCAGAGAGCGGCCGCCAAAGCGCGCGCGGACACGGAGUGCUGGACUAAGGCCCGGCAAGCUCUCGACCUGCAGCAGUUGUCAGUGCAGCGUGCCAUAUCGGACAUGAAGGAAGCGCGUGAAACAGCGCGACUCUGUAGGAACGCCGGAAAAGAGUCCCUUGUCGUGCUCCGGACGAAAAGGCGAGAGCUUGACGUGGUGAAACAGCAGCUGUCUGAUGUCGCUUGGGACGACAAGACACUGGGCGCUCUGCAGACUCGCGCGGGCCUUGAACUGCAGCGGCUAGGUCUUCUCCAGAUGGAUGUGUUGGAAACUCAAGGCCUGCUGGCGGGUUCAGAUGCAGAGCGAUGCAGUGGAGAAGGAGGGGAAGGAGAUGAGGACAGCUCCAGCAAACAGGAUGCUGCUCCCUCUUCUGCCGAUCUUCCAUCGGAACCGGACAGUACACCGGGUGGUUCGGGUGCCGGUUCCGGUCCUCGUGCCAAUGCAGAGAAUGGGCACGAACAGCCUGGGAGUGGCGCCGAGAAUGGUGCGGGCGCCGAGAACGCCCAUUCUCAGGAGCAGGAGCAGGCGAAUUUGGAAGAUGACUUAGAUGCGCGGCUCGGGUUGGCUUUGGGAAAGUUCUCUGAGCACCUCGAACAACUGAAAAGUCUCUUUGAGAAAAUUGAGCUGAUGCAAGCCAUAUAGGCGUGCAUCUGGAUUCAAACUUGGGUCUGUAUUUCGACGUUCCAACUUCGAACCCAGAUGCAAACCUAUAUGGCUUAGAUUUGUUUGACGAUGAGCCAUCUUUUGUCGGAUACUGUGGAAAUUGGACCAGAUGCAGUCUCUAAAUGUGCCAACACUACCUGAUGUCAAUCAGGAGAUUAGCUCCAGAAUGCUAUCCGUCGAUGGAGUCGUGUGUGUGUCUCAGAGAGAGAGAGAGAGAGAGAGAGAGAGAGAGAGAGAGAGAGAGAGAGAGAGAGAGGUUAUGCCAGAUUAGGUAGGCGUAGAGUGACGAAGUUGAGCUAUGGUCAGUGGAUAGGGAAGCGGCAGGGCAACUAGUUGGACGGCGACAGUCUUGUGAAACAGCCCAGGCUGCGUGUUGGAGCUGAGGUUGCAUGUGACAUAGCUGAGGCUGAGGUGGGGGGUUGUGAAUACAGGUGAAUAGUAGAGAUGUUGAAUCGAUCUUGAUCGACUAGAGACGAACAGAACAGAGAGAUGUGCAAUUCGAUGGACGCUUGCUUGGAGGGAGGUGAAGGGAUCUUUUCACCUCCGGCUGUCUGUUUGUGUGUCAUUCUCAUUCUCCUUCUUCAUCCCUCGUGGUAAGGAUUGCAGGAAAUGCUUUGCGUUGUUUAUCUUGUAGCUUUUGCGAGCAGG